UGCAGAGCUCGCAAACAUGUUCAAGUUCUCCUUCAACAUUGACGACGAGGACGACACGGUUGUCGUCGCGCCCAGCGCCGACAAGUCUGUCUCGGCAGCCUCCUCCUCGACCCCGCGCGCACCUCCACAGCCAAGCAAGCGCAUCUCGCUCACCGACCUGCUCGCAACGCUCCCAGAAAACUUCUCCUACUCGCCCCUCGCGCACCCGCUGGGCGGCGCCCCGCUCCUCCGUCGCGACCUGUACGACGCGCGCUUCCAGCUCGCGCAGGGCGAGGCCGCGUCCGAGGCGUAUGUCGACGCCGACACCGACCUCAUCCCCGGCACGUACGAGGGCGGCCUGAAGAGCUGGGAGGGCGGCGUGGACCUCGUCGAGGUCAUCGCGCGGGGAGUGGGCAGCGGGCGCUCCGGCAAGGGCAAGGCCGCGGCCGGGAGCGAGGAGGCCGACGUGGGCAGGUGGGUGCGCGGGGCGCGUGUGCUCGAGGUCGGCUGUGGCACGGGCCUCCCAUCCGCCUACUUGCUGCGCUCGCUCCUCGCCUCGCCCGAGGCCAGCACCACGCGCACCACGCUCCACCUGCAGGACUACAACCUGCCCGUGCUCUCGCUUGUCACGCUGCCCAACCUCGUGCUCGCCGCACUGCCGUCGCUGCCCGCCUCGGCGCGUGCGGCGGCCGAGACUGCUGCCGACGAGGACGAGGAGGAUGAUGACGAUGACGAGGCGCCACGCCGGCCGUUCGACCCCACCCGCGCCGGCACACUAGACGUGACCCCCGCACUGGUCGAGGCGUUCACCGCCCUGCUCGAGGAGCGCGGUAUCGACCUUGUGUUCACGUACGGCGACUGGUCGGGCAUGGCGGUCGACUUGGCCGGCGAGGCCAAGUACAACCUUGUGCUUACUGCCGAGACAAUUUAUGCCGAGGAGAGCGUCGGCCCGCUUAUCGACGUCCUCCGCGGAUCUGUGGCACCUGGUGCGGCAAAGGCCAAGCCAGUGGCACUCGAGGACUCGCUCGAGGCCCUCAGCGUCGGCGACUGGAGCAAGGAGCCGCUCGUGGUCUCUGACCCUGUGAUCCUAGUUGCUGCCAAGGUGCUCUACUUUGGCGUCGGCGGCGGACUGGACAGCUUUGUGGCGCGGGUUGAGGAGCUCGGUGGCUGGACGACGCGCGUGCACGACUGGGUGCGCGGCGUCGGCCGGGCCGUGGUGCGCAUUGGGUGGUAGGCGUGCAUUGUGCAUUGUACACAAACACUAGAGAGGGUCGUCUCCCUG